AUGGCAAACACACCGCCGCCGUACGCCCGACAGGCGUCCUACAUCACCGAGACGUUAAAGGUCUCACCGUCCAGCAUCAAGCUCACGCCCUCGCCCGAACCACUGCAUCCCUAUGACUCGCCGACUGUGCAUAUUGACGACCCAGAGACCGAGGAAGUCAUAAAGGCUGCGGCGCAGCUGCUGCACCAGUCAAAGUGCGUGGCAUUCCCGACAGAAACUGUCUAUGGUCUCGGCGCGGACGCCUGCAACACAGAGGGCGUGAAGAAUAUAUUCUCUGCCAAGCAGCGCCCUCUCGAUAACCCGCUCAUCGUGCAUGUGGCGUCGCUGCGACAGCUGCGGGAGCUCCUGCCACCCGCCCAACUAUCCACGUCUUCCCCGCCGUCGCCGGCGCCUUCUCCACCAAACACGUCUCACGGCCUCCAAAGCAAGGCCUGCCAGGAGGGUGUCAUCCCGGAGGUCUAUGAGCCACUCAUUGCAAAAUUUUGGCCCGGGCCACUUACCAUACUGCUUCCGCUACCGCCAAACUCGCGACUCUCGCCGUCAGUCACCGCCGGGCAGCCAACAUUCGCCGCAAGACUACCAGAGCAUCCAAUAGCGCUUGCCCUCUGCUCACUAUCGAGGCUCCCGCUCGCCGCGCCGUCCGCCAAUGCCUCCGGAAACCCAUCGCCGACCACUGCCGCCCACGUGUAUACUGACCUGCAGACGCGUAUCCCACUUAUCAUCGACGGAGGGUCCAGCAACGUCGGCCUCGAAUCGACCGUCGUCGACGGACUCCACAAUCCCCCCGUUGUCCUCCGCCCCGGCGGCAUCAGUGUAGAACAGAUACGCGCGUGUGGUGGCGUCUGGAAGGACGUCAUUGUGCGCAAAUCCGACACCGAAGACCACGAUGCGGCGCCACAGGCGCCGGGAAUGAAGUACAAGCACUAUUCGCCCCGUGCCGGGGUUGUGCUGUUCGAGCAUGGCGCGAAACAGCCGUCACAGAAGAAUAUACGGCCCAUGAAUGUCGCGGGCACGGGAUGGUCAGGAAGGGUUGGGUUCUUGAGGACAAGAACAUGGCCCGAAGGUGUGGGCGCCAAUGAGGACAAGAGGUGGACGGUCUUUGAGCGCUCUCUGGGGACGAACGGGAGCGACAUCUCGAGGGCGCUGUUUGCGGGAUUGAGGGAGCUGGAUGAUCUGGGGGUCGAUGUUAUCUAUGUUGAGGGUGUCGAGGAGACGGAUGAGGGCCUCGCGAUCAUGAACAGGCUGCGGAAGGCGGCGAGUGUAGUUGUUAGGCGUGUCCCGUAG